UGAUGGGGCAAAAACUGUGCAUGCGUCGUGUUCUCGUCAACUGCCCUAACGCUUCGCUAUGGCCUGGAGUACAUUCGCAUCAAUCAAGCCAUGUCUCGAGUAAGGGCUAGCGGAAGAAAAGAAAGAAACAGAUUUUCAUGCUACGUAUGGCGCUGUACAGACUCGUGCUAUACGCAGUUUCAUGGGCUUUUCCCGUCAUUCUCGCAUACAACGUUGCACAAGAGAGUCUCUCGAACCAGUCUCAGAAGUCGCGGUGAGCUGACGCAGGGUUCAAAGGCAUGGGUAUUGCUCGUUAAACGGAAUCUCUAGUGUACAUAUGCUUGAUUUUGUAACUUUGCCGUGCAAUGAGAAAUGAUCAUGAUCAACUUGCUGAGAUGUGAGCAAUGCGAAAGGAAAAACUGAUGGCUUGUGCAGUGGGGCGGU